AGAGCCAGAUAUAAACUGAUGGCAUCAUUGGGAAGCACAUGAGAAGCUGAAGAGCAUGGAGAGCUGCAGAGUGUGUGUGAUGGUGUGCGCCGCGCUGCUCUCCUGCGCCUCUGGCAAUGAAAUUUACCAUCUGGAUGACGAGGAGACGGUGGAUGUAGACAGGAGAGCCUUGAGGAACUUCUACCCUAAAGAGCCUAAUUUAACCAGCCAGAAAGAGCUUCUUGGGGCUCUGCAUGACGUUUUGGAAAAGCUGCAGAACAAACGGAUCUCACUUUGGGAAAAGAAGUUUAGCCGAGUUCCCACGUGCGGGGUCGGGCAGCAGUGUGCCGUGAGGAAAGGCUCGCGGAUCGGCAGGAUGUGCGACUGUCCCUUCGGAGCGGCUUGUAACACCUACCUGCUCAAGUGCUUAUAAUCAUUACAUCAUAUCCACUCUGAAAGGGAU